GCGGCAUCAAAAAUUCUCAUCGCACGCGAGCGUAGUGCCGCUAGUAACCUUGUAGGUAUUCUAAGACAAUCAUGAAAAGCAAUAUUUAAGAUAUGAGUGCAGUAUCUAGACGGGGAACACAUAAAGAUGGACGUCCAGAAGCAGCAAUUAUGCCCUCGGCUUGUGGACUACUUGACCAUCGUCGGGGCACGACCAUAUACCACUGGGAAGGGAAUGGCUCCAGUUCAGGCCCCAGAGCUGUUACGUCGCUAUCCGCUGACAAACCACGACGAUUUUCCACUUCCUCUGGACAUGGUGUACUUCUGCCAACCCGAAGGCUGUGUUUCCGUAGCUCAGCGAAGGCAGUUGGCCCAUUUGUCUGCUAGAGAUACCACGUCUUUCGUCUUCACGCUAACUGAUAAGGAUUCAGGAAGGACGCGUUACGGGAUAUGUGUGAACUUCUACCGAGCUGUGGAGCGGGCUCCCGUCCCGGGACCACGGGACCGUGGUCUUCUGAGACGGGAGUCCUGGCGGAAGUCAAUGGAGAAAAGUUCAGACUCUGCUUUUUCCAGUGACUAUAGGAGCAGCAAUUUAGCGCCGAGUGAUUCGGAAAGAGAAUGCAGUGCACCGCGUUUCGCGCCGGCUCCAGAUUCCGAAAGCGGUGGGGAACAUACCCCAAGCCCCAGAGCUACUAGGAAACGACAGCGUAUUCGAAACCAUUCCUUAACCUCCCUCUGCCUCCUGUCCCAUCACCCGUUCUUCUCCACGUUCCGCGAGUGCCUCUUCAUCCUCAAGAAAUUGAUCGAUGCCUGCAACGAGUCUUCCAGUCCACGGCGUGUUGGUGCGUCCAGACAAAUAUUUAGAGAUACAGUUUGGUCAGUAUUAACGGGCCAAGCGUACGACAAUACACCUACAAUAGUAUUACACGAUGUGAAAGAGAUAGAGACGUGGAUUUUGCGUCUUCUUUCCGCACCGGUACCAGUUCCAGGAAAAACGAGAGUGGAGCUAGAGGUUUUAUCGCCGACUGCGCAUGCGCCGCUAGUAUUUGCCCUGCCCGAUCAUACCAGAUUCACCCUUGUGGACUUUCCAUUGCAUUUGCCGUUGGAAUUACUGGGUGUAGACACCUGUCUGAAGGUCUUGACGCUGAUAAUCCUGGAGAACAAAGUGGUUGUCCAGUCACGUGACUACAAUGCUUUAUCAAUGUCUGUAAUGGCAUUAGUAUCAAUGUUGUACCCACUCGAAUAUAUGUUCCCGGCAAUACCAUUGUUACCGAGUUGUAUGAGCUUCGCGGAACAGUUGCUGUUGGCGCCUACGCCCUUUUUGAUCGGAAUACCAGCUACAUUUCUCACAUAUAAAAAGAAUUUUAAAUUACCUGACGAUAUCUGGCUGGUGGAUUUGGAUGCGACCAAACUCACCAGUCCCUCGGGGGCUGAUCAAGAAUUGCCACCUCUUCCGGAACCAGAAAGCUCAGUUCUAAAAAGCCAUUUGAAACAGGGUAUGCAACUCAUGGGGACAGCUGGAACCGGAGCUUUAAGCAGUCUUACGAGCACAUCAGCGGAACAGGCUACUGCUCCAAUAAUGCCAUCUAGACGAGAUAGUGUCGGUGGUGCAACUCUCAAAGUUCAGACACCGUCUUUCAAAGACAACACACAUGGCUCUCACAGCACACCGGAAAGCCGGCGUGUGUCAGUGGGAAGUGCCACGCAUUCCCAGAGACAUUCUUUUGCAUCCGCCCAUACCCCACAGUCGCAACCACACUCUCCACAGCAGCCUUUUAAUCCACUCAUAUAUGGAAACGAUGUGGACUCGGUUGAUGUAGCAACCAGAGUUGCUAUGGUCCGGUUUUUCAACUCCCAGAAUGUGCUGGCGAACUUUAUGGAACACACACGGACCCUGCGACUGUAUCCCCGACCCGUGGUCGCCUUCCAAAUCAACAGCUUCCUACGCUCCAGGCCAAGAACUUCAGCUUUUCUCAAUAAAUUUGCUAGAACACAGGCAGUAGAGUUCUUAGCAGAGUGGUCACUUACUCCACACAAUGUGGCCUUUCUACGGGUUCAAACGGGCGUCUUUGAUCCACGUCAAGUUGGAGACAAACCCAAGUGGUUCGCAGACACAUUACAACCAGUACGGUUUGCGGUUUGGGAUGAUGGGAGCUCUCUUAAUGGUGCCUUACGACAGUUGCAGCGUCAGGAAAAUCAACCCACUGACGAAAGUGGUUCAGAUUCUGACGGCGCCGAAAGUACCAGCUCCUCGUAUUCGUCUCUAAGUGAUUUCGUUUCUGAAAUGGCAUCAUCAGACCUAUCCCCAGGAGGGGGAAUGCAGCACGUAAUAGGUGAAACAUAUAACGCGGUAGUCCAAGUACCGAUGACGCUUUCAUCGUCGUUGGAUCCUAAAACAGUUUACAGUCCACCCUCAUCACUAAUGUACGGUGAACAAGGUGAAGAACAAAAGGGUCAAGCGCGCGAGUCCACGUCUCCAUCGCCAUCACCAUCCAGUUCGGAGCACAGUGAUCUCUCUGACGAUGAAGUGCCAGCCAAUACAGAUAUUGGACAACCUACGCCUGUCAAGAAAAGUGAUACAGACAGCGGUAGUUUUGGUCGCGAAUCCGACUCAAAUUCAACAACAACCCCAGCGACGGUAGUACGCGCGAGACGCGAGCCAAGCCCCGCCCACGACAAUACGGCUCAUGCGCGUACGCAGUUUGCUAACCGCACUAAGAGUUCAGGUGGUGUAUCAAGACAGGCGUCUCAAACGUCACUAUUAGAACAAUUCGCAGCUCAGGCGAAAGAGUUAGUAAGAGAGACAACGCGACAAAGUAGUCAAGAAGGUUUAUUGGCUCACAUGGAUAAGCUGACUUCACACGCUAAGAAGGCGGCAGAAGAAGCAUCCAAAAGUGUUCAGGAAGCGUCGAAAUCUGCGCUGGAAGCGAGUAAAACAGCAACCGCGGUUAGCAAAAAUACCUUUGAAGAUCUUACAUAUGUUGGAAAGUCGACUUUGGGCGAUUUAACUAAGAGUGCAAAGGAAGUUGCGGCGAAGAAAGGUUUGCUUAAGGGCGAAAGCCAGGAUGGUUCUGGUCCAAUGGGUCGACGGGAGUCAGGUGCUCUACAAACAACAACUCUGCUACAAACAACGCAUAGAGAUUUCUUCUCAAACAUAAGUUCAGAUUUAAAUGGACUUGCCGCUUCCACGUCUAGCAUGUUUAGUGAUUUCUUUGGAUCAAAAGGAAAACCAGUAAAGCCUCCCGAACCGACUGGUACGCAUUUGUCAGCAAACUUUGGUCCGUUCUCGCAAGGAGCCAGGGGCUUAGUACAGCGCUCGCCCUUAAUUCGUCACUCUGCGCCUACUUCACCUGCGCAAGCGCAGCCGCCUAGGUCGCCCAACACUGAAAAUCAGGCUUUCCUUAAUGACCUGAUUCAACACGUCUUAGAAGGCGAAGGCGUUGGAUGGCUGAAACUAAACCGCCUAAAGAAACUGAUGGAAGACGAGUCAUAUAGAAAUAUGGUGCUAAGCAAACUCAAUCGGAAUAUUAAUAGGAAGACCACGCCCACGGAUAAAGUAGAAGAUGUGUUUGUAAGCAAGCCAGUCUGGAAAGGGAUGUUAAAAGUCCUUCAAGCCGUGAUUCAUGGGUUAGAAUUCACGUACUCCAAUUUUGGAUUGGGCGGGAUGGCAUCUGUGUUCCAGCUGACAGAAAUGGCUCAUACCCACUACUGGAGCAAGGAAGUGGCUGGAUUGGAGCAAGGCGGGAUGGGAGGGUCGUCUCUUACUGAUUAUCGACAGGAUCUGGACACGCCCUCGACACCGUCUUCGAGAAAAAGCUCGCAGUCUGAUAUGCCAGUGCUUAACUACCCAGAAAUGGAUCCAAAUGACGCCCAGACUACUACAGAAAUGUUCAAGGAUAUGUUGAAUUCAAAGAGAAAUCUACUUUUCAGCAAAUUAACAUCGUAUGAUUCUGAUGUGCAAUCAGAGUGCUCGGUGGGCGAAGGCUCUAUCACGACCAACAGAGUUCUUCACGAACAUCAAUUUAAAUCAAAUCGCUCUGAUACUGAUGUCAUGUAUCUUGAUUUUACGCAGGCCAGUCGCAGUGGAGGCAAGCCUAGAGCAGCGAGCGUUUUCUCUUCGAAGUCUGGUACAACCAUUAAGGCACCUGUUGGAGUACCAACUACUUCUCCUCUUACUUCUCCUGAUACAGCUCGAACAUAUUUAUACCAGGGGCUGAUAGGUAAAGAAAGAUCAAAUCUAUGGGACCAAAUGCAAUUCUGGGAGGACGCAUUCCUCGACGCUGUGAGCCAAGAACGCGAUAUGAUAGGAAUGGACCAAGGCGCGAACGAAAUGAUGGAACGUUACAAAUGCUUAAGUGAAACAGAGAGGAAGAGAUUGGAACAUGAAGAGGAUAGAUUAUUAUCAACAGCUCUGUAUAAUUUGACAGCUGCUAUGGUUUUGUUUGGCGUUGAAGCCGACAUUGUGAGGAAUAAAGUGCGGAGGCUGCUGGCUAAAAGUCAUAUUGGUUUAGUUUAUAGCCAGGAAGUCAAUCAUCUACUGGAUGUGGUGCAUAAUUUGCACGGCAAUGAUAUAGAGUUAAAAGCUUUGGGCUCGCGUCAGGCCCGACGCGCCUCGUUCACAGUGCACGAACGUGACGCCAGUGGGCCAUUGCGUUUUAUGGAGGUACGCACCGACGGCCUGGUACUGCGGUCAACGCAAGGUACAAUAAUAGAAAGAUGGUGGUACGAGCGACUAGUAAAUAUGACAUAUAGUCCGAAAAUUCGCAUCUUAUGUCUAUGGAGAAAGAAUGGUGGACAAACACAGUUACAUAAAUAUUAUACGAAAAAGUGCAAAGCACUGUACUACAGUAUUAAGGAGGCAAUGGAGAAGAGUGGGCGGAAACAGGAAGCAGCGGAACUGGGUGGAGAGUUUCCGGUACAAGACUGCGCUUCAGGAGAGGGGGGACUUAUACAGGUUUGCAUGGAAGGAGUCGGGCUACUAUUUCAUCAUAGCAAGGAUUUCGAGUUCUUUGUGAGGCUGGAUCACAUCCGAAAGUGCUUCACACAGAACGGAGGUAUCUUCGUUUUAGAAGAAUUCAAUCCCAAGACAAGGCAAAUAACUCAAAGGAAGUACAAAUCAGUAAUGGCGGACCAAAUUUGUUAUGCGGUUCUGUGCGUGUUCUCAUAUUUCGCAGCAGGGCAGGAGCAGAAAAAAGCGAUUCUGGAGCAAGCUGCGAAGAUACCGCCUUCACCACAGCAUCUACCUGGUGCCCCACAACAGAAGUCCGAAUCAGAUAGUCGAGAGAAGUUUUCAAGGGAUUCAGAAGGAAGUCGUGAUCGUCCGCGUGUGCCUCCCGACAGGCAGACCUCACGGACACUCCCAGAACGGCCUCAUCCAGCUGAAUUUAAGUCUGAAAGAACUGAUAGGCCUCCAGACCGGAAUUACCCUGAAAAGGCCUCUGAUAAGUCUUACCAAACCCAAAGGACUCUACCGGAAAGGCCUGACGCUAAAACUGAUUUCGUGACAUCCCGUGUGGGACAAAUUGAAAGUCUAGAAAGGAGAGGCGAAGUAAGAGAAAGCCCCGAAAGAGACGGCAACAAUAUUCGCAAGGAUAGUGAGCGAGAUAGAGUGCAUCGCACGGAGAGCCUUCCCCCUCGCCGCCCCCCACCUCCGGCGCCCCAACAUCGACUAGCGAGAACUAUGUCGCAUUCAUCGCCACCCAAAAAUCAUGAUCCGCCGACGAUACCACCACGUGUUGGGGCCAGUGUAGCGAGUGCAGGCCGCGGUGUUCCGCCCGCGUUACCGCCCAGGCAAAUGUCCGCCGGCGAAUUCAACACCUCGCCCAAAUCGUCACCACAACGCCGGGCACCUGUCUCCCAGCGGCAAGCGUCAACGUCAGGCUUCGCUCAGAGCAACCCCUUCGCAGUUCCCCCCCACCACGAGUUCGUCAUUCCCCCUCGCCCCACUCGUCGCCCCUCCACAGACCGCACUUAGGACACUAAUAUAAUGUUACGAUACGUCUCGGUUCUUAUACAUUCGUGCGUACGUACGCGUGACUCCAAGGCAAAUAGACCGCUUCCGAUUGCAAAAUAUUCUUUAAAUAAAUAUUCAAACUUGCAGCUUCAAUUAAGAUGUUUAAACAUCGAAAUUGCGUAAUAACAUUUUUAUGAUGAAUUUAUUCAACUUUUUGCAAACCCUUGCUUAAACACGUUAGAAUAAAUAAAUGAUCGUUGCCUAGCAACGCAUCAGGGGAAGAUAAUACUCCAGUUAUAUUUUAUUUUUGUAUAUUUUAAACGAGGAAUAAUAUUUGUAUGCUAUCGGAAUCGGUCGAUUUACUAACUAUAGACAAUAUUACUAUUAUAUUUUACUUGAACACCCUUUGUCGUAUGAGACUGACCAUUCAUAAAGCUUACAGAUUCAAAGCAGUAGGUACUGAUUGUGCAUUGUAAUAUGCACAAAAUACUCAGCAAUAAAGUCAACUUAGGAGUAUCAAUCAGUCCUGUCAUAUAUGCCCUGUUCUGUUUAGUGUUGAAUUUAGACAGUUGUCUAAAGACCUACGAUUCAAAAAUUGGGCCCGUAUUCCUGAAUCAAACUUAAAUUCAAUCUCAAUAUGCUCUUUUACAAUUUGUCAGUUUGACAAUGCACAAAAUUUACUGGUAUUAAAUAACCGACUUCUUAGGAUCAGGUGUGCUGUAAAAUAACGUAAGGAAUUAUUAACACAAGAAGUGCAAGCAAGAGCGUCGCCAAGAAGGUGGUCGAAGAAAAAACUUUAACAGAAAGUUAAAUCUAUUCUGAUAUUAAGCUGUUAAUUUGUAAUUUUAUAAACGCGUUAAUUGCAUAAUGUCUGUGCCAUUGCCACACUCUUGAAGUGCGUCUAACCUUACCGAACAGUCGAUAUACCUUGCCGAAUAUUCGAUAUAUCUUACCGAAUGGUCGAUAUACCUUACCGAACAGUCGAUAUACCUUACCGAAUACGGGCUUAAUAUCUUGAUUUAAAGUGUCGACCACACAUAAUAUAUAAAAGUAUCCAGCAAUAUGUAGUUCCUAUUCACCCGCGCAUCACCCCUUUAUUUGCCAUCAUUCUAAAUAUACAGAUACAAUAUUUUCAUAGAAAAUUAUAAUAGAUUUCAAAGUAUAGUAUUUUAAUAAUUGAGAAUUUGUGAUUUCUGUUUUCGCUGAUGUUAAUAGAUUGUAGACAAAAUUACCACUUGACAUACGAAUUAUAAAGCAUUGUCCUGAAAUAAUAGAUAAUAUAAAAAGAA